AAUUUACAAAGCAAAAAAAAAAAAAAAGCAGAAUAAUAAAGAUUGAUGGAUUCCUUCUUCUUUAGUAUAAGUCAUCUCCUUCUUCUCACCGCCCAUUCUUAAUCUUCUCUUUGUCAUAAUAUUCUUUUCUUUUUGUUUUUUUUUUUCUUCAUUCUCUUCACACGUUCUUCUUCCUCUGACAAUAUCCCCAAACCCAAACCCAACCCCAUAAUCCUUAAUCAUCAGUAUUCAUCAUCCUUUCUUUCUUGUAUAUAUCCUCAUAUAUUUUGUUAUAAAUAGAUAUAAAUUUUGUGUGUCAGAAGUCCCAGGAAAACAAUUUUUUUCUUUUUUUCUUCCCUUUUGUCCUUCUGAAAACACAGAGGACCCUUUGUGUCAGAAACAAAAUCUUUCAUCUUCAAAGUACCACACAACACACCAAUUACUACUUAGUAGUGCUUCUCUUUCAAUCCAUAAAAAAAAAACCCUAAAAUCCUUUGUAAUCAUAUCUAGACUUGACCCAACAAUAUAUCCCCCCACACGUGCACCCUGAGGAAAUAAAAACCCUAAGUUUUUUGAGCUCUUUGCUUUUGUGAGAUUUUUGUAAUAUGUUUUCUGGGAAAAUUAGAAAGAUCCCUCUUAGUCGCAGGUCGAUUAGGACGAGGUUUGCUUACAAAUUUUCAAAAGCCCUGAAAGAACUGAACCAGAAACGAACAUUUUCAUCUAGUUUAGAGGCUUAUAAUAGAAGAUGUUAUAUGGUUAAGAUGGCUUCUUAUGCAUCUCUGGCUUCAGCUGCUGGAUCCAGAAGAACUUGGAGCCGUGCUUUGCUUUGGAAGAUUCGGAGGAAUAAAGGGUUGAUGAGAACAAACAAAUCAGCAGCUCCAAGAAGAAGAAUCAGUAGCUUGAUAUCCAAAAAGGAAGAAAACCCUAAUAAUAAUGGAGAAGAUUUGUUGGGUCUUGAAGGGCUAAGAAAGCUUGUUCCUGGUGGUGAAGUAAUGGAUGCUUUAAGUUUGUUCGAUGAAACUGCAGAUUACAUUAAGUGUCUCACUAUUCAGGUACAGAUAAUGAGAAAGUUUGUCCAUUUUUAUUCGGGCUGAUGAAGAAAGAGAGAGAGAAGAUUAAUUGGUUGGUUGAUGUUGAUGACGAGGUAUAAGGUAAGUAUAUAGUCAAGAAAAAUUUUAAGGUUUCAAAUUUAAGGACAGAUGGGAAGAUGAUAAUCAUUUUUGUUUGAUUGAUCUACAUAGUUUUUAGUAAAUAUAUGAAUCUGCAGUUCCACUUUGGGAAUAAUAUGGGGUGUAUUUGAGGAGGUUGAUGAGAUGUAUUAUGUCAAAUAUGGUUUUUGUACAUAAAUCAAGAACAGUUGAAAUAUUACUAGUCGAUCUAAUAGUAAUCCUUUCUGUGUGUAUAUAUAUAUUUAUAAGGUGUGUACAUUUUUCAUGUCUUUUUUUCUCUUGUAGCUAGCUAAUGAAAACUGUGAUCUUGGAUUUCCUUUGUGGAGAAGAAAAUUAAGGUUUUGCAGAUUUUCUCGAUCCAGGUUGAAGGUUGAAUUUUUAUUAACUAAUUAUUACUACCUCCUUCCUUCACAAAACAAGAGUUUUGGUUUCUCUACUUUCGUGACUCUUAUUUUGGGACGGAGUAUAGUAUACUUUCUUUCUUGAUGUUUAUGAUAUUCAACCAAAUCACUGGCACUUUAAUCUCUUUGAUAUGAUUCAUAUAAAUAGUUUCUGAAACCAUUUUCAUUCUUCAAGAGAGAUAGCAAAUGAAUAUUUUUUGCUUUAUAUUAUGAUGAGGAGCUUCAUAUUUCUAAAAAUUUAAACUUGGCCAUGGGGAGAAUCUUCUGGCUUUAUUUCUUAUGAAGAAUCUUUCUAAGCUGUUUGGUUGACAUCGAAUUCGGUUUCUGAAAAUUAUUUGUUUUUACUGUUAAUUAUUAAGAUUCCAGUAAUCAUCCUGUUGAUUGUUGUACAAAAUGCUUUAGAAAAAUAACAGAGAGUUUUUGGAACAGAAUCAUUUGGGGCAAAACUCCAUUCAGUAGUAUAUAUGAAUCUUCACGUAAAGCUUUUAUUCUGAUUACUUUUCUAGAAGCUUAACCUUAAUAAUUUUGUACGACUCAUCUAAUUAAUUAACUCUCAAUUUCUGUUUGAGUUCAAAUACAUAUGAUUUGGUUACUAAUAAAGAUAUUGUGAUUUUAUUGUUUAUUUAUUUCCGAGAAAUUUUCUUUUCUAAAGUUGAAAUUUUGAUGAUUUUUCACGUUCAUUUUCAUUGAUUUUCGAUAGGUCAUAGGUGGUUUAGUGCAUGAUAAAGGAAAAAAAAAUGAAUGAUAAUAACUCAUUUGUUUUGACUUUGGUUCCUUUACCAUCAUUAUUACUUCUUUGUUAUUAGUAUGCUAAAACAAUUUCAAAACCUUUUAUUUGCAUAGUAGGUAACUGAAAACACCUACUUUGGUUUUCCAUUUUUUUUAAAUUUUUUUUUUUUUCAUUUUUAAGACAACAUUGACGUAACAAAGUUAAAUUGAGAAUGACGAAUGCUGAUGGGUAAGACAGAAUACAGUAUUGAAAUUUAUAAAAAAAAAUUACUAAAACACUCUAUAUAAAUACAUUCAUUUUGUUACAAGAUAUUUGUACAAGAUAAUUUUCUGUGAACAGUGAAAUCAAGUACUUCAAAAAUCAUAUAAUUCUAAUAUAAAUAAAAUAGAACCGAAAGAUUCCCAAGUCAGCUGGGGCGCCAUAUGUACGCUGUACGCCUGUUUUCUUUCAAAAAAAUUUGAGGAAAUAUGUGAGUUUACACAUGUAAAUUGGAACACUUACGGGAGCACUUGUGUUAUGCAAUCAAUAUAAAAGAUGUAAUACUUUUAUAGUUCCUUAAUUUCUUUGUUUCAACGCAAUGCCUACAGUUUUCCCUGGGUGCACUUAUAUAGUAUUAUGUUAUGCAAUGUAGCUUAAAUACACCAAAAAAAAAUAAAAAAAUAAAUUAUAAAUCAUUAUUAAGUGGAGCUAGGCUUGUGUAAUUUAUAUUCGUUUCAUUUUAAAAUAAGAGGUGCGUUAUUGUAUUAUUAUAAAAUAAUUGAACAAAC